AUGCGUAUUCUAUCUUCUUCAUGUCCUCUGUUCCUCAUUGCCGGUCUAGUUCGCGCGCAGACCGGCAUCACCAAUCCUCUAACGACGAAGUGCGGACCUUCUGUCGUCUGCGUUAACAAAUAUGCCAAUGUCCUACCAUAUCACUUCUUCCGCAACCUCUCCACCAGCUCCGACGCAUCCACCUUCGGCGAUACAACCAUAGCAAACGGGACGCAACUCAAGGACGUACAAAACGCCUCCUUCCUCGUCUUCGACCAGGACAGAGGCCUGGAGAUCCUUGGCUCGAACCCAACAUACGAAUUCGUCUUUUCCGUCUCGAAAGCCGUCCACGAAGCCCCCGUCUACGUCCCCUCGCAGAACAAACUAUAUCUAUCGCAACUCUCUCCCCCGCCAGGAUAUCUCCCACAGCUCGUCAUCGACCUGAAUCAGGAUCCGCCUACGCUAUCUGAAUUCCUCUCUGAUCCGCCCGUGUACGCUCCGAAUGGGGGUACAUUCUACGAUGGGAAAAUCAUCUGGGCCGCUUCAGGCGGGAAUAGAUCUAUAGAAGGGGGCGAGCAGCGUGAGGGGAUUCGCGUGCUUGAUCCAGAGACGAAUAAGACGACGACGCUGGUGAAUAAUUAUUUUGGGUUUUAUUUUAAUACGAUUGAUGAUGUGGCGGUGAAUAAGAAGACGGGGGAUAUUUAUUUUACUGAUCCUCAGUACUCAUGGUUCAAUUCCCUAACCGACACACCUCCCCAACUACCCUGCGCGAGUUACAGAUAUAAUCAAACAUCAGGCGCUGUCUUUCUCAUCGAUGAUACUCUCAGCCAACCAAACGGAAUCGCAUUAAGUCCCGACGAUUCAAUCCUCUAUAUCAGCGACUCAGGUGCCGUAACUGGCCCCGUUGACCCUAAGUACGGACACCCGGGCACGCCGUUCAAUGCUACAGGCCACAGGACCAUUUACGCGUUCGACGUCAGUUCCGAUGGGACGAAGAUCACGAAUAAGCGUGCUGUUUACCUCACUGCGGCAUAUGUACCCGAUGGUCUGAAAGUCGCGGCGAAUGGGUACAUUUUGACUGCGAAUGGGAGAGGUGUUGAUGUUGUGGAUCCCGCGGGACAGUUGUUGUUGACGGUGCAGACGAAUUAUACGGUUCAGAACUUUGCGUGGACGGGACCGGAGCUGAAGACAUUGUGGCUGGUAGGGCAGGGUGGAAUUAGUAAGGUAGAGUGGGAGCUGAAGGGGCAGGAAUUGAAGUGA